AUGACGAUACCUGCGAUGCCAAAACCCAUGGCUGUUGGAAGCGUGCGGAGUUCCGUAAUCGUUCUCUUCGCCACGUGCAUCGCCGUUACGAUCUGCUUCAAGAUUAUCGCGUCAGACUUUCGCGCGACCCUGUCGCCUAUUCCGCUGGCAGUGUCGGCACUAGGCUUUAAAGGCCGCGAGGAUAGGAGGAGAGCUGGCGGAGCAACAGAAUUUGGGAUAGGAAGUAAGGAAGGGGGAGGAGUUACUGAAGAUGAAGUUGCAGCUGCCGAUUCAUCUCAGCCGUUGAUCCCUGGGUCCAAGCUUUCCACUGUAGCGGAGGAGGCAGCAGAGGCAGCAGAGGCGGCAGAGGCGGCAGGAGGCGCAGCAGCGACAGCAGGCGGCGCAGCAACAGCAGUCACGGUGGCAACAGAUGCAAGUGCCAGGAAACCAACAGCAGGGGGUGCAGCAGAUGCAGCAGGGGACGCAGCAGCGGCAGCAGGGGGUGCAGCAGAUGCAGCGGGGAGCGCAGCAGGGACAGCAGGGGGGGGAGCAGGGGCAGCAGGGGGGGGAGCAGGGGCAGCAGGGGGUGCAGCAAAAGCAGCCACGGCGGCAACAGCUGCAAGGAGCUAUCUCGCUGCUCGUACGAUCGACGUUCCUGCUCUCCGCUUUUCCGCUCGUCGUCAUUCAACUGUUAGCGUCUCGCUCUUUCUGUCUAAUCCCAGCGCUGCCGUUCUCAGUAUUCAGUCUCCGAAAGCCGUCAGCAAGAAGCUCUCAGAGUCCGAUUUUCUCGGCGUCCCGCCCGUCAAGCGAAAUUCGCGAAGGCCGCGAACAGUAACAGCAGCAGCGGUGAAGGCGACGGCAUCAGCGGCAACACCGGGCGCAGCAAAUCUGCAGGGAGUGUCGGAAGAAGCUAUGGAGAAGCAGGGAAUUCUCGUCUACGGUGCCACAGGCACCACUGGCACGCUCAUAGCCCAAAAGAUCAAGGAGGUGGGCCUUCCAGCCACUCUCGCUGGGAGAAAUCUGCAGAAGCUACAGUCGAUUGGCAAGGCUGUUGAUCUGCCUGUAGCAGCAGUGGACUUGAACGAUACGCAGGGAUUGGUGGAGCUGGUGGGGAAGCACAAGGUGGUGCUGCACGUGGCUGGGCCCUUUACAAUCACGUCCAAGCCCAUGAUUGAGGCGUGCAUCAGCACUGGCACCCACUACCUCGAUGUCACUGGGGAGUUCAAGGUGAUGGAGCAUGCGCGCACAUAUGAUGCCACAGCCAAGGAAAAGGGCAUUAUGAUUCUCCCUGCUGUCGGCUUUGACGUUAUUCCGGGAGACUGCCUGGCAGGGUACCUAAAGGGCAAGCUGCCUUCAGCAACGGAGCUUCACCUUGCCACUUUCUUUUCCACCACUGCUCCUGGCGAGGACCCUCUGUCCAAACCACCCAACGCCCUGCCGUCCCACGGCACACUGAUCUCGGGCGCCAAGCACAUUCUGCCCAUGGGAGGGCUGGUGCGCAGGAAUGGAGCUAUUGUGAAGGAGGCUAUUGCGAAAUAUGGUCGCUCCUUCCUCAUUCGCAAGGAGCUUCCGCCUCUCUCCACCAUGUCCUUCCCAGCAGCUGAGCUCUUCAGCACCUCCCUCUCCACCUCCAUUCCCAACAUCACUGUCUACGUGCCAGGUAAAUCUUCCUGGGUGACGUCACUGUUCAUCCGCAUCAUUCAGUUCGCCGCCCGGGUCUGGCCCUUCACCGUCCUCCUCGAGAAAGCCAUCCGAAUGCUGCCCACCCCAGACACCACCCCGGUAAGUAUUUGA